CAUCUUCUUCCUUUCCCGACCUUGCUCCGUUCUAUUUUUCUGGUCCAUCGAGUUAGGGUUUUGGGAAUUGAUAAUUCAUCCCCACGUUACCAGAUAAUCCUGCAGUUCUCUGGUGUCUCUCCAUAUUUGACUCCGCGCGACUUCUAGCGGGCUGAAAGCGGGCCACAAGCAAUCGCAGAAGCUGACUGCGGCAAGCGGCGGCGGUUGUUUUCUCAUUACGGGUGGCGAAGGCGCAAAUUGGUAUAUCUUGAUUGAAGCCGACUUCUGUUUCUUCCUCAGGGUUGUUAGCUAGCAGAUACGAUGCUGGAAUUUCGGGCUGGUAAAAUGCAUUUGGAGGGCAAGAAGGUUGUCCCUGAUACACGGAAAGGGCUGGUUCGCAUAGACAGGGGAGAAGAGGGAUUAAUCCAUUUUCAGUGGCUUGAUCGCACCCUUAAUGCUGUUGAAGAUGAUCAGAUAAUUUUUCCUGAUGAGGCAGUUUUUGAGAAGGUCGGUCAAGCAUCAGGAAGGGUGUACAUCUUAAAGUUCAAUACAGAUGACCGGAAAUUUUUCUUUUGGAUGCAGGAACCUAAUGCGGAAGGAGAUGAAGAGUUAUGUACGUCUGUCAACUAUCACAUCAAUAGACCUUUAGAAAUUCUAGAAGAAGAGCCAGAUACUACUGCUCUUCAAAUGUCUGAAGACAUGGUUGAGGAUGAAAUUUCGUCACGAGCUGGAAACCUGGUGCUUCCAAACCUAGGUUCAGGAUCAAUGAGUGAUGUUACCUCUUCAUCAGGACCAGUCAGAUUGGAAGAUCUACAACGAAUAUUGAGCAAUAUCGAGCCUGGAGAGAGUGCUGGAGAUCCAGAUGGAGGUUUUGGGCUGGGGGAUAUCUUUAGGCCUGAUCUAAUAAUGCCAUUGAUGGAUACAUUGCCAGUCGAAGAAAGAUUGGUAUCUUACCUACCAGAGGGUCCAUGGACUCCAGAGGAUAUUCUAGAGUUGUUGCAGAGCGCACCUUUCCGUCAGCAAAUAGAUUCUUUUACCUAUGUUUUGAAGACUGGGCAGAUUGAUUUAUCACAGUUUGGUGUUGAUCCCAGUAAAUUUUGGUAUUUUCUGAGCCUUCAAAGUCGGAAGCAUUUCAACAGUUGCUUAGACCUGUUUGCAUGGAAGAGUGAUGGGCCAAGAUUCUGUGUCACGUAACAAUGUCAGAAGUAUGGGCUGUUGUGAAUGAAGAAUGGUACUGCUGUUCACCGGCUGCUGGUAUUUGGUUGCGGCCUCUGGAGGGCUCCGUUUGAUUCAACCAGUAGACGACUCGUUAGUGCAGUUUAAUUUGAGGGAAUAAGUGAACGAAUUGUACUAAGUUUUGUAAAUGAAAAAAAUAGAUUCAGGAAACUUUCAUGUUAUAGAAGGGGGAAUGGGUAAAAACUGAAUUUAGAAGCAUUUCACAUCAGUUUAGUUUGAAGUUAUAAGCUGUAGGGGCUUACUCAAUAUAGAAGAUAGCUAUUUGAUAAGCUAGAGCCACCAACAGGUGCCGUACUGAUAGUAUCGAAUAUGCUUGUGGCUGACAUGGAUAUUGUUGCUGUUGGAAUCUGUUCUCGAAAUGGCGUAAAUGUGAUGCAUCAGUGAACUCUAUAUGCUGACAAUUUGUUACUUUUUCCUGAUACUUCUUUCCUUUUGAAACCCUGCAGAUAGAUUCACAGUAUCUUCUUUUCUGGAAGCUCUUGAAGAUUCAGUAACAAAAGCAGAGGAAAAGGACUUGAGAUCCGAGCCUCCGAAUGAGCCCAUGGACGAGAGUCGCUGAGACAGGACUGCAUGUCUGUUUAGAAGUAUAUUUCUGAUCUGAUUGUAGGGGAUGUAAACAAAGGGCUGGGCUGGUAACUUGAGAUCCUCUUUUAUAGCUUUGUUUCCCAAUGUAGACACAUUUCACUAAUCAAAACGAUCGAUUAGGUUGUUUGAACUUUGAUGUGCAACUGUAUGCAAAAUGCUACAUUUUUUGUACAGUUGCAAACUCAUGUUGCAAUUUUCGGCAUGGCGGAUGCUAUCAUGUUGUCCAAAUUUCUAAUGUUACUUAUGCGUUGGUGCUGUCACAAUAAAAUGGGG